GUACAGUGAGCGAGAGGGGGGAGUCAGAAAAACAGCCACAGCAGCCCUCAGCGUGCGGCUCUGAGUCAUCGGUUGGCUCAUCCAGCUUGAUCUCAUCCUUGGUGCUGGAGUCCGUGGGAGAAUUAAAUUCAAAUCGGCACUACGCUGCGAUCGCCUCAUUUGUUUCCUAUUCUGAAUGACGGGCGGCGGACGGUUCGACUUCGACGAUGGAGGCACUUAUUGCGGGGGCUGGGAGGAUGGGAAAGCCCACGGACACGGUAUCUGCACUGGACCCAAGGGCCAAGGCGAAUACGCCGGGUCCUGGUCACACGGGUUCGAGAUAGUAGGGGUUUACACCUGGCCGAGUGGGAAUACAUACCAGGGUUACUGGUCGCAAGGGAAGCGACACGGUCUUGGGGUUGAAACCAAGGGAAAGUGGAUCUAUCGCGGAGAGUGGAGUCAUGGGUUUAAGGGUCGCUACGGAGUUCGCCAAAGCCACAGUACACCUGCUAGAUACGAUGGAACUUGGAGUAAUGGGCUGCAAGACGGCUAUGGAAUCGAGACCUAUGGAGAUGGUGGUACGUACCAGGGCCAGUGGAUGGGGGGGAUGCGCCAUGGUUACGGGGUGCGGCAGAGUGUGCCUUACGGGAUGGCGACGGUCAUCCACUCGCCGCUGCGCACCUCGCUGGCCUCGCUGCGGAGCGUCCAGAGCAACGGCACGCUCCACCAGGACGCGUCCAGCGCCGACACGCCGGUGGGCACGCGCGGCGGCUUCGUGCUCAACUUCCACAGCGACAGCGAGGCGGCGCCGGGCAAGAAGAAGGGCUUGUUCCGCCGCGGCUCGCUCUUCGGCAGCCUGCGGCAGCUGCGCAAGUCCGACUCGCGGACGUCCAUCUCCAGCAAGCGCAGCUCGGCGCGCAGCGACGCCACCACCAUGAGCCGCAUCAGCUCCAGCGACGCCAACUCCACCAUCAGCUACGGCGAGGGCGACGCGGACUACGCCGCGCCCGAGGACCACGUGGACGCCACCACCACCGAGACCUACAACGGCGAGUGGAAGAACGACAAGCGCUGCGGCUUCGGCGUGUCCGAGCGCUCCAACGGCAUGAAGUACGAGGGCGAGUGGCUCAACAACCGGCGCCACGGCUACGGGUGCACCAUCUUCCCCGACGGCACCAAGGAGGAAGGGAAAUACAAAAAUAAUGUGCUCGUGCGCGGCAUACGCAAGCAGCUCAUUCCACUUAAGAACCCUAAAACCAAAGAGAAAGUGGACCGGGCCGUGGAGGGGGCCCGCAGGGCUGGAGCCAUCGCAAGAACAAAAGUGGAAAUAGCAGCAUCAAGGACCGCUCAUGCCCGAACCAAGAGUGAAGCAGCUGACCAGGCCGCUCUGGCAGCCCUCCACGACUCUGACCUGGCCAGAUCAGUGGCCAGAGAGCUCUCCCCAAGCUUCCAUCAGCCAGGCCUCGACUACGUCAAGCAGAGAUUUGCCGAGCCCAUGGAGACCGCCGUUGAAGUCCCAGUGGAGAACGAGGAGAAGAAAGAGGAAGAACCGGAGAAAUCCAGCAAGGGCGAGAGCCCGCACUUCUAUCGCAAAGGCACCACCCCGAUGCACUCCCCCGGCCAGACCCCGGGCGUCUCACCGCCGCCCUCGCCCACCAAGAAAGCCCCCGCCCCCGCCCUCGCCAACAGCAGCGUGACGCGCAAGAUCAGCAAGGAUCAGAGCGCCGCCGCCGCGCACAAGAUCAGCAAAGACCAGAGCGUCACCGGCGUCAGCCGCAAGAUCAGCAAGGAGGAGCGCGCCGCCAUCACCGCCGAGGUGGCCAAAGUGGCGCCCGCCGCGCCGCCGCACGCGCAGGUGUCCUUCCACAGCCAGCACGACGAGGCGCCCCCCAAACCGCCCAAGGCGGCCGAGCCCGAGGCCGAGCAGCAGGACAGGCAGAGCAACGGCAUGCUGCACCGCCAGCGGCAGUACCACAGCUACUACGUCAAGACGCCCACCAAGGCGGCGCCGCCGCCCGAGGAGCCCGAGGAGGAGGAGCCCGAGGAGCCCACGCAGUCCGAGCUGGCGCGCAUGCCCCCCUCCGCGCCCAAGUUCAGGACCCCCACGCCUGCCGUCGCCGGAGCCAAGACCGAGCUCAGGAAGCAGGAGUCGCUCAAGCCAAAGAGCCUGUCAGAAACCAAGAAAGCCAGCAUGGAGAUUCCCGACAUGGUCGAGGAAGAUUCAGGUCCUAAUUCAAUAUUGGUUGCCAUGGUUAUGCUUUUGAAUAUCGGCCUUGCAAUUAUUUUUGUCCAUUUCCUGACAUGAUGCACUGGAAUUUGAGUGGAGUCAUGAAAACCGUUGCAGUUGUGUCGACGGCCUUUAAAGAAACAAAAUGGCGUCGGGCGACUCGGGAUUGGCCAAAGGAGCUUUGGAAUGAGCAUGAACCACUGGAGAUACAUGAGACAUGGAACAUCCAGCGAAGAGACUGUUCGGCUUCCUGCCUGACGAUUUGAGGCUCUUUGGGGGUCCUGUGAGAGCUGGAGUGAGAUAAUGUUGGGGUGAAGAAAUAUAAACACAGUUGUAUUUAUAUGAAGAAAAAAAAUGAAUAAACUAUCAAAAAAUAACAUAAAAAUCACAUUGAAUCUGCUGAUCUAAGCCCAAUCCUCUGAAGUGUAUGGCUUCCCUAUCUGUCCUUGCACCCAGGGAAUGAGAGAAAGAGAAAGAGGGAG